AUGUUCAGUGGAUAUUGUCAGCAACGUUUUGGUCGUGAACCAACACCAGCCGAGUGCUAUCCGCAACAAGGCAUGAUGUUCCGAAGCGAUCAUUCGUUACAUUCCUAUUCGUGUGCUCCACUACCGGAUUUUUACCUGGAAGGUGCACGAUUCGGUUCUAGAUCACCAUUCUUUCACCAACAAAAUAACCAUCCCGACUAUUUUGCGGCCUAUCGACAAGCGCCUAUUCAUUUCCAAUUUCCACAGAAGUCAACAACUACUGUAAUACGUUGUGAAUGGUUGAAUGAAACGGGAAAAGAGUGCGGUAUGAUGUUUGCGAGUUCAUCGCAAGUUGCGGCCCAUGUCUCACAACAGCAUAUUGGUCUUAUUGAAACCGCUACUCAUGUGUGUUUAUGGAGAAACUGUGACCGAGUAGGAAAACCAUUCAAGGCCAAGUACAAACUAGUAAAUCACAUUCGUGUACAUACCGGUGAGAAACCAUUUCGAUGUGAACAGUGUAACCGUGAAUUUGCACGAAGUGAAAAUCUGAAAAUUCACGUGAGGACGCAUACGAAAGAGAAGCCGUUUCCAUGUCCACAUGCGGGUUGUGACAAGACCUUCGCCAAUUCGUCGGAUCGCAAAAAACACAUGCAUGUACAUACAUCGGAAAAACCUUAUGAAUGCAAGAUUAAAGGAUGUCGGAAGGUCUAUAGCCACCCGAGUUCGUUAAGAAAACACAUGAAGGUUAGUUGA